AUGUCGGUAAGAAAUCGUACGGCACCCGGUCCCGACAGAAUAAGACCAGAACACCUGAAGAGCCUUCCGCCAGUACUCAUCAACACCCUGGCGAGGCUCUUUACAUGUUAUCUGUCGGAUUGCAAGGUUCCUAAACAGUGGAAGACCAGCAAGACCGUGUUGUUGUAUAAAAAGGGAGAUCCACAUGACAUCGGCAACUAUCGUCCAAUCUGCCUACUGUCCGUCAUCUACAAGCUCAUUACAAGAGUAAUCCUUAAUAGGAUUGAAAAAGUUUUGGAUGAAGGACAGCCUUGCGAGCAAGCAGGGUUUCGAAAAGGAUUCAGCACGAUUGGCCACAUUCACACUGUUUCGGAACUCAUCGAGGUAUCACGAGAGUACAAGAUGCCGCUCUGUCUCACCUUCAUCGACUUAAAGAAGGCCUUCGACUCAGUUGAGACGGAAGCGGUCAUGGAAGCCUUGGACAACCAAGGCGUCCCUACUCAGUACAUAAAGGUACUUCGAGAGUUGUACAGUAACUUCACGACCGGAAUUUCGCCAUUCUACAAGAACAUCAUCAUUGACGUGAAGAGAGGGGUCCGACAGGGUGAUACAAUUUCACCCAAAAUAUUCACAGCCACCCUCGAGAACGCAAUGCGAAAGCUGGAAUGGGACGAGAUGGGAGUGAAGGUUGAUGGUCGGCAGCUACACCAUUUGCGCUUUGCUGAUGACAUCGUACUGAUAACACCUAGCAUCAGCCAAGCGGAACGAAUGCUGACCGAAUUCGACGAAACAUGUGGAUGCAUUGGUCUUCAGCUGAAUCUACGAAAAACGAUGUUCAUGCGGAACGGAUGGGUCUCGAAUGCCCCAUUCACGCUCAACGGAACGAACAUAUCCGAAUGCACCAGCUACGUUUAUCUGGGUCGGGAACUGAACAUGAUGAACAACCUGACCCCCGAGUUGGGCAGGAGGAGACGAGCGGCUUGGGGAGCGUACAAGAGCAUCGAGGAUGUAGUGAAGAAGACCAGGAACAUCUGGCUCCGUGCUCACCUCUUCAAUACCACCGUACUUCCUGCUUUGACCUAUGCUUCGGAAACCUGGGCAUUUCGCAAGUAG